AUGGCGCUGUCCUCGGAAGAGGCGCAACAGCGCGUUUCCCUGAUGGGAGCGCACGUUAAAGCGCUUGCACAUUUCUUUGAGACAUUUUCGGCGCCGUCAAUGGUGUCGGAGGAGGAGUCUCAACAGCAGAUUUGGGGCGACCGUCGUUACAUGAAUCAGCUGCAAGAUGUAAAGAACUGCACCAGCCGUUUACUGAAGGUACACAUCGGCGACAUCCGCCAGCACUUCAUGAAGGACACCAACGAACGGCAAGUGUACGAGGGCGUCAUGCUGAACACAUACCGUUAUCUGGAGCUGAUGUAUGCCGCGGCGGACAUGUGUCUGGAAAACAUCGAGAAGAGCACAAGUGCAGAUAACGAUUCUAUGCUGGGUCCCACGGGCAAUGGCACGGACAAUAGUGUGAUCGACUCUGUGGAUGAGUUGCGAGAGCGCCGCAUGAGAAACAGCAACUUGCCAGUCUACUUGCACUCCAACUAUGAGAUAUGGCUGUUGCCGGGCGAGGACGAUUCGGUGAUGAAGAUGAAGAGUGUCAAUGCGGACUACAUUGGCGCUCUGACUCUGAUAGAGGUCGACGUAACGCGCGUCGGCCUUUUGAAACCACGUGUCCAAGUGGCGACGUACGAAUGUGACAGCUGCCAUGGCCACACGUACAAGGCGAUACAAGGACCGCACUUCCUUCCAGUCAGCGACUGCGUCGAGUGCACCACGCGCAACAAUGCAAGGGGAACCCUAAAGUUCCACUCACGUUUGAGCAAGUUCGUAAAGUACCAGGAGAUCCGCGUGCAAGAGCCUCUUUAUCACCUCGCUGAUGGCGAGCUCCCCAAAUCGCUCAGGUGCGAGCUAUUCGGCGAGCUGACCCAAACUCUUCGCCCUGGAGACUCGGCGCUGUUGUAUGGCAUCCUGCUGCCGGUGGUGCAUAAUGUCUUUAAUCCCCAUCGCUCAACGUUGCUGGCGGACAAGGUCUUCCGUGUCGUUUCGUUGCAGCACCAAAAGAAGGCGUUGGACGCCACAACAACUUCAGACUCUGAGUUGGCCCGCCGCAUAGAGGUUUUGCGCAGCGACCCUGAUUUGUACGAGCGGUUGGCCUACUCCAUCGCACCAGAGAUUUACGGCCAUGACGACGUGAAAAAGGCUUUGCUUAUACAACUGGUUGGUGGCGUCACUCGGGAGAAAUCGGACGGAGGUGUGAUUAGGGGCGCCAUUCACAUCUUGCUGCUCGGGGACCCUGGUGUAGCGAAGAGCCAGCUGCUAAAGAAGGCUUGCCUCAUAUCCCCGCGUGGCGUAUACACUACUGGAAAAGGAAGCAGUAGUACCGGUAUGACGGCGGCCAUUGUGAAGGACCCCCAAACCGGCGAGACCGCUCUGGAAGGCGGUGCACUCGUGCUGGCAGACACGGGUCUCUGCUGCAUCGACGAGUUCGACAAAAUGGACGACUACGACCGAUCCGCUAUAUACGAGGUUAUGGAACAGCAAACCGUUUCCAUUGCGAAGGCGGGGCACUGCAGUUCCAUGCCGGCGCGCUCGGCUGUGCUGGCUGCCGCCAAUCCCGUAAAUGGCGUGUACGACGUACGCCGUUCCGUCUUCCAGAACAUGAACAUGCCUGCGGCCCUGCUCACCCGUUUCGAUUUGCAAUUCCUCAUGCUGGAUCGUGUGGAUCGUGGCAAGGACGCGCAGUUGGCGGAGCAUGUGGUGGACCUGAUAAAGGGCGUGGCGCAGGAGCAGAGGCCGAAGUAUGAGGUGGUUGACAAGGAGCUUAUGCGCUCCUACAUCACAAUGGCUAAGCAGUAUGAGCCGACCAUGUCGCAAGAAAUUAUCGAAAAGGUCUCCGAUUGGUACGUGCAGGCGCGGCAGCAGGAGCAAGAAAGCGAGAUGUACAACGAUGAGCGCUUCACGUACACCACACCACGUAGCAUGCUCGCCGUUCUACGUAUAUGCCAGGCCCUGGCUCGCAUCCGUUUUAGCAAUGUGGUGGAAAUGAGCGACUUCGAAGAGGCGGUGCGGCUGACGGGGCAGCUGCGCGCGAGCCUCACGGAAGCGAUGCAAGAUCGCAUGUCUAGCAGGCGCCACACUAGCACUUCGGAGGUGAUGCACCUGAUAAGGCGUCGCCGUGACGAAUUGCGGCAACAGGAGGGAUGGGAUGGAUGGAUGCUAGUGCGCGACAUAGAGCAGCAAGUUCUGGCGUCCGGCCUGAAGCGUAAGGACCUCGUCGAUGCUGUGGCCCGGUACACGCGUCUCGCGGUGAUCAUCCUCGGUAGGGGCGAUUCCCAAAUCGCAUUCCCCGAGGACCUGCAGAAAUAG